GGGUUCUUGGUUGGAGGUUUAAAUUUCCCUCUCUUUCUUGUUGGCAGGAGAGUCAGCAUGAUGCAAGGAGAGUUUGGUUGAUCAACAAGAACAGGGAAGAAAGAAAUGGAGAAUCCUUCCAUCGAUCGAUUGACCGAGCGCUGGCUCUUGCGAGAAUCGCAUGCUUGAUACGAUCGCGUGAGCGAGGCCGGCAUUUUCCGUGCGCGAUGCCAAAUCUCGCGUAGCUCGUUCGUGUGGAAAAGCCCCAUUCCCAUGCGCGAGCUCGACCAAGGUGUCACGCCAGGCUUUUCCCCCCUCCUCCAUUCGAUCCAUGGCGUCGGCGGUCGCGCUUGCCGCUCGCCGCGAGCUCGAACAAGAGGAUCGAGAUCGAUCCAAGCAGCGCCGCUCCAAUCUCGACGAGAAGUGGAGGAUUGGCGUCCAGGCAGUGGAUCUCCACAACCGGCCGCUCGCUAACAAGCACGAGAGGGGCGGAUGGAAGGCGGCGGCUUUCAUCUUUGGUAGAUCUCGCCAUGGCAUUCCUUCCAAUCGUUGCUGAUAAUCGAUGUUCUUGGCAGGGAACGAGGUCGCGGAAAGAAUGGCCUUCUUUGGGAUCGCCACGAACUUCAUCACGUUCCUGGUCUACAAGAUCCACUUCACUUUCCCCGACUCCGCGACGGUCAUCACGAACGUCCUGGGAACUUCUUGCCUCACGCCGCUCAUCGGCGCGUUCUUGGCGGAUUCCUACCUCGGCCGCUACUGGACAAUCACGAUCUUCUCGAUCAUCUACCUCAUCGGUUUGAUCAUGCUCACGAUCGCGGCCAUCGCUCCAUCGCUUCGCCCGCCCUCCACCGGCUGCGCGGAGCUCAAUCUCUUCCUCGGGACGUGCCAGAGAGCGUCGCGAUCGCAGCUCGCAUUCCUCUACCUCUCGCUCUACACCGUGGCGCUGGGAUCCGGGGGCAUCAGGCCGUGCGUCUCGGCGUUUGGCGCUGACCAGUUCGAUCCAGACGAUCCCCGGGAGUCCAAGAGCCUGGCCGUGUUCUUCAACAUCUUCUACCUCAUGAUCGCCAUCGGGAUCGCGGUCUCACUCACGGCCGUGGUAUACAUCCAGGAUUUCGUGGGAUGGGGCUGGGGUCUGGGCAUUCUCGCGGCCGCGAUGUUGCUGGCCACGAUCAUCUUCCUGGCCGGGACGAGGAGCUACCGGCAUCGGAUCCCUAGCGGCAGCCCCUUGACGCGCCUCGCGCAAGUGAUCGUCGCGGCCGUGAGGAAGAGAAAUCUGCCAGUCCCGGACGAUGAAUCACUGCUCUUCGAGGUCUACGAUCGCGAGUCGGCGAUUCCGGGGAGCCGGAAGCUCCAGCGCACGCAUCACCUGAGGUUCUUGGACAAGGCGGCGGUGGAGACCGAGGCGGAGAAGAUCCUCGCGCGGAGCUCGCCCAGCGCGAUCACGCCCUGGCGCCUGUGCACCGUGACCCAGGUCGAGGAGCUCAAAUCCCUCGCGCGCCUCGUCCCAAUCUGGGCCACCAGCAUCCUCCUCAACACCGUCUUCAUCCAGCUCGUGAAUUUCUCCGUCCAGCAGGGCCUCACCAUGGAUCGCCGCCUCGCGCGAUCCUUCACCAUCCCCGCCGCCAGCGUCCCAGUCUUCGCCGCGAUCUUCAUCAUCCUCGUCCUCCCGCUCUACGAUCGCGCGCUCAUCCCAGCGCUCCGCCGGAUCACCGGCCACUCCCGCGGCAUCACAUUCCUCCAGCGCAUUGGCAUCGGCCUCUUCCUCUCCAUGCUCGCCGUCGUCGCCGCCGCCUUGAUCGAGCGCAAGCGCCGCGCCAUAGCCUACGCCACCGGUCGCGCGCUCAAUCCCCUGGAAACCCUGCCGUACAGUGCCAUGUGGCUCAUUGUCCAAUACUCGCUAGUGGGCCUGGCCGAGGUCUUCGCGGCCAUUGGCAUGCUCGAGUUUUUCUACGACCAGGCGCCCGAUAGCGUACGGAGCGUGGGCACGUCAUUCUUCUCCACCGGCGGCGCCGCUGGUAGCUACGUGGCAUCGCUGCUGGUCACCGUGGUCAAGAGGUCCACGUCAGCGUCGCCGUGGCUGUCCAACAACAUCAACAUCGGCCACCUGGACAGAUACUAUUGGAUGCUGGCUGUGCUUUCGGGGGUCAACGCUCUCGUAUUCGUGGCGCUCGCCAGGAGAUACGAGUAUUCUACGGGCUCUUCGUCGUCGUCGUCGUCGUCUCCCGUGAAGAAAAUGGGCGAUGGAUCGCCGAAUGGAAUGGCCACCAAGUGCCACAACCCGCUAUUUAAUUGUCGCUGCAUGGAUCGCGUCGAGAGUUGUCACCUUGCCAAGAGCGAUCGAUCCAUUGAAUUUGUAAGGCUCGUUUGA